AUGGAAAAAGUAAUAAACGACAAUACAAAUAAAGGUGAAGUAGAAUUAGUAAUACAGCAACAAACACCAAAACAACUACCUGGUACACAACAAAUAGAAAAAGAUUAUAAAAAGAAUAAUAGUAAUAAUAAUACUUUUGAAUCAAUUGUAAAUGGUUGCGAUGAUAUACUAUCAGAUAAACAAGUUCAAUGUAUAUUAGAUCAGGUUUUAAAGGAAGAAGAGGGUGAAGAAAGUUCAUCAAUAACAACCGAAAACACCACAGAUACCACUUCAACAUUUGAAAAUAAUAGUAAAUCAAUGAUAAUAGAUGAUGUAUAUUAUAGUUUAGAAUAUGAUUAUGAAGAUUAUAUCAAAUAUAGAAAAAUUAUUUCAAAAAAAUUAGAAAUUGAAAAGAUCGAACAAUACAAGCAUCAAGAAAAACAAAAUAGAUUAAUAAUUUAUCAUCAAAAAUUAAAAGAAAAAGAUGACGCAAGGCUGAUAAUAGAGUCAAAUAACAUAAUAAAAGAGAAUAAAGUAGUUUUAAAUAAUCAACUUCAAGAAAAGACCCUACUUUUAGAAAAGAAGCUACAAGAGAUCGAUUCCAUUCAAAAAUAUAAUGAACAACUAAAAAUACACAGGGAAUUAUUGGAGCAGAAAAGAAAAGAAAAAGAAAAGACUAAAGAAAGAGAAAGACAGGAGCAAUUAGAAAAACAACAACAGCAACAACAACAACAGCAACAACAACAAUUGGAGAAACAACAGGCCGAGCAAUUAUUGCAACAACAGACUCAAGCUGAGCAACAAAUAAUCGAUGAAGAAGAGCAAAGUAAUAAUGGUAAAAAGAAGAGAUCUAGGCCGAAUGUAAAUAGAGUAUUUAGAUCGCUUUUGACAGAUGUGAAGGUGACAAAGAAUAAAUGGAAUGGUCUCAAAUAUGAAGGUCAAGAUGAAUUAUACGAUCAAUUAGAUAACGUUUUAACUCAAUUAAAGGAUUUCUCUGAACAUUCUUAUCCGUUUCUUUCAAAGGUUAGACCAUCCGAGGCACCAAAUUAUUAUGAAAUCAUCAAGAAACCAAUGGAUUUAGGCUUAAUUUCAAAAAAAUUAAAAAAGUGUGAAUACAAUAGUAAAUUUGAAUUUCAAUUGGAUUUAAAUUUAAUAUUUACAAAUUGUAGAAUGUAUAAUACAGAUCCAUCUAGUAGAAUGUAUGUUAAUCAUGCCGAAGAAAUGGAGAAGAAGACAAGAGAGCUAAUGAAAAAUGUUAGAGAUUUAGAUUUUACUACAGAUUCAAUAAAAGUAACAGAGUUAAAUGGUGAUCACCAAGAUAGUGCUAUGGAUACUACGACAACCACAACGACAAUGACAACCAACACCACUACACCAUCUAAAAAAGGUAGAGCAAGUAAAAAACAAAAAACAUCACCAACCACACCAUCAGUUUCAUCAAAUACACCUCCAUCUAUUUCAACAUCACCAUUUACCCCAUCAACUAUAUCAUCAUCAAAUAUUUCAUCACCAUCAACAUCACCACCAGGUCCAUUAUCACCAUUUCAAACUCCUCCUUUAGGUUCAUCAAAUCAGGUUGCCAAUGAAAAUGGCGAUAGUUCAACUAAUACCACCACCACCACCACCACCACCACCACCUCAUCAACAACAGGUUCUCAUGAAAAUGGUACAGAUAUUGUAGAUGAAAAUGUUAGCGAUUUAUUAGAAAAUACAUUAGUCAAACCUAUAGAGGAGGUCAAAGAAUCUGAAGAGGAAAUUAAAAAUUCAAUUACAUCAAUUGAACAUCAAUUAAGUCUUUUACCUUCAGAGGAGCAAUUAGAAAGAGAGAUUGAAGAAUCAGAAAAGUUAAUAGAUGAAGAUAUUAAGUUGGACGAGUCAGAAAUUAUAGUAGACCCAUCAGCAUUAUCAUUAUUCCCAAUAACAGAUUCUUCCUCAUCUGAAGACAAUUUAUCAUCACCUGAAGAAAGUGGCAGAAAUAAAAAUAAAAAUAAUGGCAACAAUAAUAAUAAUAAUAAUAAUAAUAGUAAUAACGAAAACGAAUUUUUUGAAGAUGAAAAAUCUAAAAAGAUCAAUGCAUAUAAAGAAUUAACCAAAGAUAUUAGAGUUAGAAAGUUAAAGUAUUUUAUAGAUCAACAGUCCUUGCCAUUUAAAAAGCAUGAGGCAUUCAUUAGAACUCCAUAUUUUAUGAACUCAUAUUACAAUUUAGACUUAAUACAGCAACAAGAGUAUAGUAAUGAUGGCGAAUCAGAGCAAGAAAAAUUGCAAAAAGAGGGAUCUUCAUUCAAUAAACCAAAUAUAAUAUCACCAUUACAAAAAAUGGAUCAAGACUUUAUAGAUUUAAAUGUUGGUUUCUUUCCGGAAAUUAGUCACUAUUCAAAUUGUAUACCAUCACUAAAAUCAGAUUAUCUUUGUAAAAAUUUAUCACCAUCAUCAACAACAAAUAACCAAUCAAAUUCAUUAGAGAAACUAUUAAAAGAGUCAGCUUUAAAUAAAACCACCACAUCCACUACCACAACAACAACCACUACAGCAGCACCAAACAAAUUAAAUAAUGAUUUGGCUCAUUCAAUUUUAACAAAAUCAAUAGCUAAAUCAAUAACUAUGGAAUCAUGUUUACAGGGUAUAACGCAAGAGACAAUGCUGGUGUUUACCGAUAUUGUCGGAUCAUUUAUAUGUAAAAUUGGUAAAAUAUUUAAUACGCAAUAUUCAAACUAUGGUUUACCUACAUCAACAAAGAAUCCACCAGAGCUUUUAUUAAAUUCAUUGAUCAGCAAGUUAUUUGGUAAUAGUUUAGGUAUCUUGGCACUUCGCGAUUAUUUAGAAGAGAAAAAGAAGGGUAUAUCUUUUGAUCCAUUAUUCGAAUUAAAUUUACAAUAUGAAAAAGAAUUAAGAGAAAGCAUUAAAAAGAAUAAAAUCAAUAGUGGUUGUAUAAAAGAUCUAGAUGUUAUUAUGAAAGAGGAAGAGGAUGAGGAAGAGGAGCUACAGCAACAAGAGGAAAGUUUGGGUUUAUUUGGUCAUUAUCCAAGACAUAUAGAGGAAGAAACCGAGUUUUCAUUGUUUAUCGACCCUAAACCAGUGGUCAAACAACAAAACCCCCCAAAACAAAAUGCACACCAAACAGUAGCACCAACUCAAAAUGUUGCAACCGAUCCAGCACAUUUCGCUCAACAACAACAACUACAUCUACAAUAUCAAAUUCAACAACAGCAACUAAAAAUUCAACAGCAAUUACAAAUUCAACAACAAUUACAACAACAAAUUCAGCAUCAACAGCAACAAAAUCAAGAUAUUUUAGUAACUACCCCACAACUAGCUCCAACUCAAGGUUCAUUAACAUUACCUCAAACACCCCAACAACAAGGUCAAGCAUCGAAUCAACAAUUCCAACCUAUUUUUCAAUCGAUUACAAGUCCUGUUUCACCUACAGGUACUCCAACAUUAAAUCCAACUACUCUUUUACCAAAUACAUCAACAUCCCCAGCUACAGCAUCUACAUCUAGCAGCACAUCAACAUCAUCUAGCUCAACAAAAAAAUCAUCAAAAGCAAAAGAAAAAGAAAAAGAAAGAGAGAAAGAAAAGGAAAAAGAGAAAAAGAAAAAGGUUAAAAAAACAGAAACUAAAAGUAAAGAUAAAGAGAGGGAAAAAGAUAAGAAACACUCUCAUUCUCACUCAUCAUCAAAUACAACUGAACAAAACGCGACCCAAUCAUUAACCGGUGAAAGUAUACCAACUGCUGAUGCUAAUAGUCAACACCCAAUCAAAGAAAACUCUGAUUCAAAUAGUCAUAUACCAACAUCACCAACACCCCAUCAUCCUCCUAAACCAAUACCUCCAAAUAAACAACACCAAUCAACACCUCAACAACCACCAACACCUCAACAGCCAUCAACACCACAACAAAUAGAUUUCAAUUUAACAUCAUCAACAACAUCGACUGCAUCUUCUACAACUGCCGAACCAAAGAAGAAAAGAGGUAGACCCCAAAAACUAAAAACAGAAAAUAAAUAA